AUGGCGAGCUUUGUUGCGGCAUUCGCUAACCCGUUCAACUAUCUCGGUGGUGUCAGUUUCAACCCCGAAAAGGAUAUUCAUGACUUAUCUGGGAAGGUCGCGCUAGUAACAGGCGGCAACGCUGGCCUCGGCAAAGAAACAAUCCUACAACUUUCAAAACAUAAGCCAAGCAAGAUUUUUCUGGGCGCACGAUCGGAAUCAAAAGCUACAGAGGCAAUUAAGUCCAUCAAAUCUUCAGUAUCCACUGAUGUCGAAAUAAUCUGGCUCCCGUUAGAUCUGGCAUCUUGCGAUUCGGUCCAGAAUGCGGCCGAACAGUUCAAUUCCCAGUCAGAUAGACUUGAUAUCCUCGUCCUCAAUGCUGGAGUCAUGGCUCUGCCCCCCGGAGAAACCGAAUUGGGCCACGAAAUCCAACUCGGAACCAACCACACCGGCCACUUUCUGUUGACCAAGCUUUUGCUACCAGCAUUGCUGAAGACGGCAGAGGAACCCAAUUCAGAUGUCCGUGUUGUGUCGCUUGCCUCAGUCGGGCACAAUUACGCUCCUUGCUUCGAUACGAUACUUAACCAAGAAAAGCUCAAGAAGGUGGAUACGUCCGCCCGAUAUGGCGCUUCAAAGGCAGCCAACAUUCUGUUCGCAGCAGAACUCAGUCGGCGCCAUCCAUCGAUCACCUCGGUAUCCGUUCAUCCUGGUAUUAUUUUGACCGAUCUGUACGGCGCUAUUAGCCAGCGUUCUUCUAUUGUUGCCCUUGGCUCCAAGACGUUGAACUUUUUCGGGUCCUCAGUCGCCGAGGGGGCCUAUAAUGAGUUAUGGGCAGCGGCGGGUGCCAAGAAAGAGGAACUGGUCAAUGGAGCCUACUAUGUCCCUGUGGGCAUUCACAAACCGCAUAACAAGUAUGUUCGGAGUGAGAAAAUGGGGAAGGAGUUAUGGGACUGGACUGAAACCGAACUCAGUAAAGUCAAUCUCUGA